AUGCAUACCAUGGACUUGCUUAUAAUUGGCCUUCUGAUGUUUUGUAUUGUAUCUUGCAACUCGUGGGUUGGAUUUUGUCAACAAAAUACUUUUAAUGUGCUUCAAUAUGGUGCCAAAGGAGAUGGCAUUUCUGAUGAUACACAAGCCUUUGAAAAAGCAUGGAAAGAUUUAUGUGGAGCACAAAAUAAAGGGAAUCCAAUGCUUGUGGUGCCAGCUGGACAUACAUUUUUUGUACGUCAAAUAGCUUUCUCCGGUCCUUGCAAAUCUCAAAAUCUUCAUAUUCGGAUUACGGGAAACAUAAUAGCUCCUAAGAGAGAUUCAUGGGGUUCAUGUUCGAAACGGUGGCUUAAUUUCAUUAACGUAAAAGGAAUGACAGUUGAUGGAUCAGGAGUGAUCAAUGGCCAAGGUGAUGCUUGGUGGGGCAAUCUUACAGGAACCGUUGGAUGUAUUGGGAAUCCUACGGCUAUGCUAUUUGAAAGAUGUGAUGGGCUUCAAGUUCGUGGGCUCACUUUUAUUAAUGGGCCAGGGUCGCAUCUCUAUAUAGUCCAUAGCGAAGAUGUGACCAUCUCACAUAUCGUCGUAAAUACGCCAGAAGAUAGUCACAAUACUGAUGGAAUUGAUCUGUCAAAUUCAGUUCGGGUUAAUGUUCAUGACUCUGUAAUACAAAGUGGUGAUGACUGUAUUGCCAUUAAAGGUGGAUCACAAUUUGUGAAUGUCACCAGAGUUACAUGUGGACCUAAAACUCACGGCAUAAGUGUGGGGAGUCUAGGGGCUAAUGGUGAAGAUGAAUUUGCAGAACAUGUGAACGUUUACAAUUGCACAUUCAAUGGAGCUAUUAGUGCAGCAAGAGUCAAGACAUGGCCAGGUGGAAAAGGAUACGCCACAGAUAUCGUUUUCGAUCAGAUCAUAGUCAAUGAAAUAUAUUAUCCUAUACAAAUUGAUCAACAUUACAUGGAUAAUCCAGAAAAGAGUUCAGCACUAAAGGUGAGUGAUGUAACAUUUAGUAAUAUCCAAGGAACAUGCAGUGGUGAUAAUGCUGUUGUGCUUGAUUGUGACAAGAUAGGGUGUGAUAAUAUUACAUUGCAUAACAUCAACAUUACCUCAAUUGAUCCAAAGAAGCCAACUUCUGCAGUAUGCAAUAAUGUCAAAGGGAUAGGAAACAAUAUUAUUUCACCUAAGGUGCCUUGUCUAAACCAGUAAAGAGACUUGUAUCAUGUAUAUCAUUAUUUGAACCAAAGGACACCACGACAAUAAGAUCACACUAGCCCUUUUCUAUUUUAUAAGAAAAAUAUAUGAUACCCAUCAAACACUAUAGGAGAAAACGACUUAGUUGUAAUACAACCAAACCAAUCCUA